AUGGUAAGAGGAUAUUCAUUAAAUCAAGAUUUAAAAUUGUUAGUGAAUAAUCCAAAGUAUAGUGAUAUAGAAAUUUUAUGUAAGGAUGAAAGGAAAUUAUAUGCUUGUAGAGCAAUUUUAGCAGCAAGGUCCGAAGUACUUGAUGGACUGCUUUAUAAUGGGAUGAAAGAGAGUUUCGAAAAACAAAUUUCUCUUCCAACGAUCAAUUCUUGUGGAAUGGAAAUCAUAUUAGAAUAUAUUUAUGUUGGAUCAAUUAAAGAAAAUUCUUUGACUAAAGAUAAUAUAGUCGAAACUUAUUAUGCUGCGGAUUAUUUUCAAAUAACAAGUCUUCAAGAAUUAAUUAUGAAUAAUUUCAGAAAUUCACUAGAAAACAAUUACACAAGAAAUUAUUUACCAGAGUUAUUAUCUAAAGUCGCGGAAAUAAUGCCAUUAUCAGAAGAUAAUAUUCUUCUUGAUUUAUUUGUCAAAGAAAUAGCAUCUGUUUCAUUAAAUGAUAUUGAAUUUGGUCGAUUAUCUAUUACAGCUCUUCAAUAUCUUUUAUUUUAUACAUAUGAAAAAGAAAUACCUUUCGCAACACCAGAAUAUGAAGUAUUUCGAUAUAGCGCUAUUCUUGCAGCAAAACAAGUUUCUAAUAUUACAUACAAAACUCUUAUGGAACGGUUGCCAACUUUAGAGCAAAUAGAGGACUCGAUUCAAUUAGAAAAUAAAUUUAUCGCGAAUCAUCAAAAAGUUUCUAAAGAAUUGGAUCCAUUGAUCAAAUAUAUCGAUUUCAAGCGAAUCAAAAGAAGUCAAUUUGAUUUCAUUGAACCGUUAAAAAUUAUUCCAGCUGAAAUAAUUCAACAAAAUUCAGAACCGAUUAAUACAGAUUUAAUAAAUAUUCGAGGAAUACCGAUUUAUAGAAUUAAAGAAUCUGAUCUUUUUUGGGAUGAGUCGGCAUGUGGAUCAAAUCUUAAUAUUAGUGAUAAUGGGAAAGUUGUAAGUGCAUCGGAUUAUUGUAAUUACCAACGAAGCGUUAGAGCCAAUAUAUUAUUAGAAAAUAAAGGUAUUUAUGAAUGGGAUGUUAUCAUUGAGAAAGCUUGUACAUAUGCCUGGGUUGGAGUGUGCGCAUCAGAAAAUUUUAGUUUUCAAACGGCUGCAGGACUUCAACCCACUGGAUGGGUAUUAGGUUCCGGUGGUUAUUGCGCUAAUUCAACGUCAAAAUAUUGUCCUUCAUUUGGAGAUGGCACAAAAGUUACUGUUCAUUUAGAUAUGAAUAAAAGAACUUGUGCUUUUACAGUCAAUGGUACAAAAUAUAAGGAGGUAUUGGCAUGGAAUGAUUUACCGUCAAAACUUUAUCCAGUGGUAUCAUUACGUCGUUCUGGCUGCUUUCGAAUUCAACCUUAUCAAAAAAAUUAG